AUGGAUAAGCAACCGCAAAAUGAGCAAUGUGGACAAUCGAAAUCAGGCAGUGAAUCUGAAACACCCAAUUCAAAGUCAGUUCCACAUCCAAAAUAUGAUUCAGGAACGAACGCAUUGGAUCUCAUCAAUGAUGUUGAUUUGAAAGGCAAAACUGCUCUAAUAACCGGAACAAAUUCCGGAAUCGGUCUUGAAACGGCAAGAACUUUAUGUCUUUGUGGUGCCCAUAUUGUUAUGGCCAACAGGAAUAUGGUUGCAUCGGAGCAAAUUCGCGAUAAAAUUAUGAAAGAAAAAGUAUCAAACAAUUCACUUCGAAAAAUAUAUUCGCUUCGAGAUAAUGAAAUUAGCAGUGAAUUACAGCCUGACGCCGAAAUUGACCUGUUGAAUUUGGAUUUGAGUUCUUUGCAAUCGGUAGAAGCUGCAGCGAAAAAUUACCUGUCGAAAGAUUGGCCUUUGCACAUUCUAAUUUUGAAUGCUGGUGUAUUUGGACCUCAGGAAAAGAUAACGGUUGACGGUUAUGAAAGGCAUUUUGGUGUUAACCAUCUCGGUCACUUCUACUUAACUUACCUGCUGCUACCGCGAUUGCGAGAGAGUGCUCCAUCACGAAUUGUUAUUGUUUCUUCGGUGUCACAUACACAUACAGGAAUUGCCCCUUCAAUGUCAACAGAUGAAAAAUUACGGAUUCUCACUGCGUUAACGCCCAGUUAUUCAGCAAAAUUCUUCUAUCGUUUAUAUGCAAACUCGAAACUUUGCAACAUUUUAAUGGCAAUGAAGUUACAUCGAAUGGAGCAUCAAAAUGGAGUCAACACUUACGUCCUUCAUCCAGGAACUAUGAUCGCUUCUACUGGUAUCGCUCGAGGCUUUGGUUUCCUCGCUCCUCUGUAUAAUGCAUUAAUAAAACCGUUCACAAAAUCACUUCAGCAAGGUGCUGCCACCACCGUGUAUUGUGCUGUAUCCGAGCAUCUCAAUAGUGUAGGAUUUUUUUGCAUUCACUAUUUAUUGAAGGGAACGUUGAGGAAGAUCCCACCUUAUCCAUGCAAAAAUAUGGUCGAUGGUGUACAAUCAAAAGUGAUCCGUUUACAGGAAAGUGGAAAAUAUUACGAAAACUGUUGUGAUGGUGAGAACGGACUCAGUGGCGCAUUAGCUCACGACGAAGCACUCCAAGAUGCGCUAUGGGACAAAUCGGUGGAACUCAUCGGAAAAUAUGAGAAGAAUCGUGCUGGGAAUUGA